GAAGAAGACAUUGCAUUUUAUGUGUGUGUGUGUGUGGGUUUGUGGAUUAGGGUUAUAUUACAUUGUGGGGACCAAAUGUUCCCCACAACGUAGUAAGAACUUGUUAUUUUGCCGUUGUGGGGACCAUUUUUUAGGUCCCCACAAAGAUCUGUGAAUGCAAUCAAAAAAAUAAAAAUCCCAAAAGUCUCAUAUUUUGUUUGAUUACUUACGGUUUAAAUAUAGUUACAAACCUGUGUGUGUGUGUGUGUGUGUGAAUGUGUGUGUGUUAUAGGUAGGUGUAACAUCUUUAAAAUAGCACACAAAACAUCCCAAAAUGAUAGACGAGCAUAGAUUACAGGCGCUCCUCUACAUAAGAACGUUCAAUUUACGAAUUGUCAGACAUACGAACCAAGAGGACCGUAAGUCAAAACUGUGUUCCUUGGGCUCCUGUUUCCUGUCCCGUUUUUUCUGCGCGCCAAUUCCGCCCAGUACGAAUUCUGGCCGCUACUCCUGCCACGCAGCAGCGUAGCUGCGUACUCCCAGCAUCCUAGUUCUUUGUACUUGCGUAGACUCUUAAAAUGUCGAAUUAUGACUUACGAACAUUUCAAGUAACUCGUUCACAAGUAGAGGAGCGUCUGUAGUAUAAAUAUUAUUUUAUCACAUGAAAGUUUGCAUUUGCACUAUGUAUUUCUGGAACUUGCCAAGUAGUAGAGAGCUUCGGGCUUUGUGUGCUGUAAUGCUUAAAAACAAACAUGCUGGAUUUCCAAGGAAGGUAUUUUGCCUUUGUACAUUUAUCACAUCAGUAGCUAAAUUCGCCCUUACUACUGUUAAAAUUUAAUAGGGCUUUGUGACACUGAUUAAUGUCCCUGCAGUUCUAUGUUGUCUUCUGCCACUUCUUCUUUGUCACAGUGACCGCUCAUCUUAACACAUACUUGCAGUUACAAAGCAGAAGAUACCGGAACUUCCCACACCGAUUGCCCUCUGCAGCUGAUCAAACCUCAGACAAAAUGUCCUCGUCGGCCAUUCCGUUCAGAGGCCAGAAGUACUCUGAGCUGAAGAAGGCUUGCAUAAAAGCCCAGAAACAGUUUGAGGAUCCAGAAUUCCCAGCUUCAAAAAAGUCCCUCUUCUGCAAAGGGUCACCGCCAGGAGCCGUAGUGUGGAAGCGGCCUGGGGAAAUCUGUGAGAAUCCUCGACUCUUUGUAGAAGGACUCAGCUCCCACGACCUGAACCAGGGCAAGCUGGGUAACUGCUGGUUUGUUGCUGCAUGUUCCUGCCUGGCAAUCAAACCACACCUGUGGGAGAAGGUGAUUCCUGAUUGGAAAGAGCAGGAAUGGAACCCGGAGCUUCCCCAGAACUAUGCUGGCAUCUUCCACUUCCAGUUCUGGAUCUUCGGCGAGUGGCUGGAUGUGGUGGUAGAUGAUCAGCUGCCCACCAUCAGUGGAAAGCUCGUAUACUGUCACUCCACCAGCAAGAAUGAGUUCUGGAGCGCCCUGCUGGAGAAAGCUUAUGCCAAGCUCUUCUUGUGCUACGAGAACCUGGACGGCGGGCUAGCAGCUGACGCGGUGAUGGAUUUCUGCGGUGCCAUGUCGGAAUCCAUCGACCUGAAGGCCGGGAAGUACAGCACCCACACAGCCCAAGACGUGCUCUUCCAGUACCUCAGCAAAGUAUACAACAAGGACGGGAUCAUCAGUUCCUCCAUCAGGGCGUCCCAGUCGGAGAGAGAGGCCCGCAUGAACUGCGGCCUGGUCAAAGGUCAUGCCUACGGACUGACGGGGUUAAGGAGGACACAGCUGGGCAAGCAGAAGCUCCUCAUGGUCCGCCUGCGGAACCCCUGGGGAAAUACGGAGUGGACGGGUGCCUGGUGUGACAGCUCCCAAGAAUGGCAGAGAGUGGGGAGCAAGGAAAGGAAGAUGAUGAACCUCACUGUGGAGGACGACGGAGAGUUCUGGAUGGCGUUUAGUGACUGGUGCAGGCAUUUCAUGGAUGCAGACGUGUGCCAUGUGGUCAGCAUCACACCAGAGGCCAUGGGGAAGACCAUGCACAUGGGGAAGUGGACCAAGGACAGGAGGGCCAAGCUGAAUCGCAGCGGGGGAAGCUUAAACAACGACAGGACCUUCUUACAGAACCCGCAGUACCUCUUUGAUGUAGUGAGAGCGGAGGAAGAGGUUCUGAUUGACCUGAUUCAGCGAGACAUGAGAAUGCAGAAGGUGUUCGGGCAAGAGGAGAACCUGGCAAUUGGCUUCAGCAUCAUGAAGGUUGAAAAUCUCAGGGAGAGUCGAGUCAACACCUUGAAGACAGAGUUGAUCGUGGCUACAUCUCAGUACAUCCUUUCUCGCUCUGUUUUCAUGCGUGAAACCUUCCGCAAGGGCCGCUAUGUCGUCAUUCCCACGACGUUUUCCCCGGGGCAGCUGGGAGAUUUCAUCAUCAGAAUCAUCACAGAGGAGGAUUAUGGCUGCAGGGAGCUGACAGAUUAAAAAGCCAGGAGAAAAUGUCCCCCCUUCCCAAAAAAAUAAAUAAAUUCCAGGAGCUGGUGGGAAUAUCAGGAUCAGGAUUCCACAAGGGUGCUACUUCAGAUAUAUUUUAAUGUGUUACAUUUAUGAGGGAGUGUAUCAGUCUGUGUUACAUUUAUGAGGGAGUGUAUGAGAGUGUGCUACAUUUAUGAGGAAGUGUAUGAGUGUGUGUUACAUUUAUGAGGGAGUGUAUGAGGCUGUGUUACAUUUAUGAGGGAGUGUAUGAGCGUGUGUUACAUUUAUGAGGGAGUGUAUGAGUGUGUGUUACAUUUAUGAGGGAGUGUAUGAGGGUGUGUUACAUUUAUGAGGAAGUGUAUGAGCGUGUGUUACAUUUAUGAGGGAGUGUAUGAGUGUGUGUUACAUUUAUGAGGGAGUGUAUGAG